ACGCGGUCUGCAGCCUUCGGCGGUCGUUCGUUCGUCCAUCGCGAUUUUCCGCCGUCACCGCCAUUCACCGUGGAUUUUCGCGGAUCUUCAUUUUCCGCGUGCCGAUGCCACACACUUGCCAUACGUGCUUAUUCUAGUCUACUAAUUCCGCUCGAUCACAUGCAAAUUUUUCCGAAUAUUUAAUUCGAGGUUCAAAAUAAGAAGCUGCCAAGCUAUGUAAAGCAAUUAUUCGAAACUGGACUGUUUAUUUUGCUCCGAUGCUCCAAUGGAAAUAGUUGAUCGAUCGUGCGUGCAGAUUUUUCGAAGCGCUUUUUUUUUUUUUUUUUUUGAGAAGAAAUACAAUUGAGAUAAUUGGAGUUUUUAUUGCCGGAAGAUUCGUUGAGAAAUGAAAUUAUUUCAUCUGCGAAAAGAAGUCGAGGCAGAAGUCAUCUAUUGUGAUUGAGAAAAAAACGGUUCUCAUCGAAGAUGAGAAAUCAGGUGAUGCUAGCAUGAUCUACAUUGAUACGAUUGGUAUCUUGACGUUCUUCCUGAUCCUCGGCAAUCUCGAGGCACUUAUAGUCAUAAACCAUCAUUCUGACGAUGAAUAUGUUCUUGAACAUGAAGUCCUUCGGAAGGAUGCGCUUGCUCAAGCGAAGAAACUGGAAAUACAUUCUGGACACGUCCCAGGAUGCCAGGUUUGCAUCUACUCCGAGAUAAUUUAUUGCAAGAACGGUAGCAUUAUCAACGAUCAUUGUUGCUGCGACGGUCGCUUCAACGAUUUUUUUACAGGGAAACACAUGCCGACUGGCGUAGGAUCACGAAUCAGUAUGGACCUUACAAAAUUCGUAAUAAUUCUACCGAUUCUCAGGUUGCUGGUCUAAAGUUCACAGCAUCAAAUAUUUUGUAUAUUAUUGAUUAUUUUAAUAAAUUAUUUUUUCA